AUGAAAAUCUCGCAUGAAUUGGUCCAUGCUAUGAAACGCUUUGUUGCUUGCAAGACUUGUAUGGCCCCGAUGGGUCAAGAUCCUACGGGGGCAGUGUUGAUUGAUCAUUUUAUGAGACAGCACAUGCUGGACCAACCGAGACGUGUGCGGCAUUGCAAGGUCUGUCGCCAGAAUGUGAUUGAACCUGGGAUUGCAGAACAUAUUCUUGAACAGCACAGAUUAGUCGCAUUUCGACCACGUUACGCUCCUCAGUCAAACAUGGUAUCAGUGAUGAAUGGAAGCGAACUAUGCGUUUACCUGGGUAUACCCGCAGAGCUUUGCAAGUCUAAUCCACUUGCCGACUCUUCCGAACUCGGAUAA